GCAGCUGCAGGUCUGUUGGGCAGAUGAAGCUGGAAGGAGGAGAAGAAGGGGAGAAUCCGGGACCCAGAGAAGAUUGAGGGCAGCCAGACAGGAACCCAGAGAGAGUGUGAAGGUUUCUCCUGUGGAGACAGACAGCGGUGUGUAACUGAAGAAACUGAACCAGGAGCGUGAACCUGCUGGGUUUUGGCUCCGCAGAACUUAAUCAGUCUGUUCCCGCAGAAACGAAAGAGAGCGAGUGGCGGGCGGCCAUCAGUCCUGCAUGGCGGCGGCUGCAGACAUGUCUGUGUGCACACAGCUGGGACUGCUGCUGUGGAAGAACUUCACCUACAGACGCCGACAGACGCUCCAGCUUCUGGUGGAGAUCAUCUGGCCACUGUUCAUCUUCUUCAUCCUCAUCACGGUGCGACUCAACUACCCCCCAUACGAGCAGCAUGAGUGUCACUUUCCCAACAAGGCCAUGCCCUCAGCGGGAACGCUGCCAUGGAUUCAGGGAAUCCUCUGCAACGCCAACAACCCGUGCUUCAGAAACCCGACGCCGGGCGAGUCUACAGGCGUUGUCGGAAACUUCAACGACUCCAUAAUUUCUCGCCUGUUUUCGGAUGCAAAGAAGAUCCUUCUGCACAGCCAGAAUGAUAAAAGCCUGGAAAGCUUCAAGGAGCUGGCUCGGGCCCUGGAAGUUCUGCAGAACAGUCGCUCAGGCUUCAAGUUGAAGCAUUUCCUGCGAGACAAUGAGACCCUGUCAAGCUUUCUGCAAAGGAACACCUCCCUGUCCCAACACGGCAUCCAGCAGAUCACAGAGGCCGACAUCAACCUGGAGAAGGUCCUCCUCAGAGGUUUCGGGGUCCACCUGAAGGACAUGUGUCCCAGGAAAGGUGGGACAAACACCUUAGGGGACUUUGUGACAAUCUCGGACCAGCAGGUGGCAUCUCUGGUGCAGGAAGUUCUCUGUCAGGCUCAAUCCAUCUGGCUAGACCAGGCUGAGGAGCACUUCAUGAGCAACCUGGACUUCUUCAAACCGAUUCGGAGGGACGUCCGAUCGGACCCUGAAGCCGUCCAGCAGGUCGCUAGAGCCACCAACAACCUCCUGGACAGCCUGGGUUCUCUGGCUGUGGAGCUGGCCGGGAUGAAGAGCUGGGUGGACCUGAGGAACGAGAUCGUCUUUCUGACGCAGAACGCCACAUCUUCGCCCAGCGCGCUGUACAAGGCCGUCUCCAGGAUCGUGUGCGGUCACCCUGAGGGCGGUGGCCUGCAGAUCAAGUCGCUCAACUGGUACGAAGACAGCAACUACAAGGCUAUGUUCGGGAACCACAACAGCAGCGAGGACGCCACCGCCGUGCUCUACGACAACUCCUCCACUCCGUUCUGUAACAGCCUGGUGCAGAACAUGGACUCCAACCCAAUGUCCCGGAUGAUCUGGCAGGCCCUGAAACCUCUGCUGCUGGGAAAGAUCCUGUACACCCCCCACACCCCUGCCACUCAGAGGAUCAUUCACGAGGUGAACCGGACUUUCCAGGAGCUCGGUGUGUUCAGGGACCUGGGUGGCAUGUGGGAGGAGAUGAAACCCAAAGUCUGGGACUUCAUGGAAAACAGCCCGCAGAUGGACGUGAUCAGGACUCUCCUGAAGAACAACAUCACUGCCAGCUUCUUCCACACUCAGCUCGCCAACACUGAUUGGACCGUGGCCGACAUCUCCAACUUCCUUUCCAAGCAGCCAGUGGAGCAGCCCGGUAGCGCCCUCACCUGGAGGGAGGUGUUCAAUGAGACAGACCAGGCCAUCAUGAGCAUCUCGCGGUUCAUGGAGUGUGUGAACCUGGACAAACUGGAGCUGGUCUCCAGUGAAGAGCAACUCGUCAACCGCUCCAUGCUGUUGUUAGAGGACAGAAAGUUCUGGGCGGGGAUUGUUUUUUCUGAUAUCGCUCCCAACACCACGGAUCUUCCUCCAAAGGUGGACUACAAGCUCCGCAUGGACAUUGACAACGUAGAGCGGACCAACAAGAUCAAAGACGCGUAUUGGGACCCAGGUCCUCGGGCUGACCCGUUUGAGGACAUGCGGUACAUCUGGGGCGGGUUCUUGUACCUGCAGGACAUCAUCGAGCAGUCCAUCAUCAGAGCGGUGACUGGCACCAAGGACAAAACCGGAGUCUACAUCCAGCAGAUGCCGUAUCCGUGCUACGUGGACGACAUCUUCCUGCGGGUGAUGAGCCGCUCCAUGCCGCUCUUCAUGACCCUGGCCUGGAUGUAUUCGGUGUCUAUUAUCCUGAAGAGCGUGGUGUAUGAGAAGGAGGCCCGGCUGAAGGAGACCAUGAGGAUUAUGGGCCUGGAUAACGGCAUCCUGUGGCUGAGCUGGUUUAUUAGCAGCCUGGUUCCGCUACUGAUCAGUGCCGGGCUGCUGGUGCUGGUCCUGAAGAAGGGGAACCUGCUGCCUUACAGUGACCCUGGGAUUGUCUUCUUGUUCCUGGGAUCUUACGCCGUGGUCACCAUCAUGCAGUGUUUCCUCAUCAGCACAAUGUUUGCUCGCGCUAACCUGGCGGCUGCCUGCGGAGGCAUCAUCUACUUCACCCUGUACCUGCCCUACGUGCUCUGCGUCGCCUGGCAGGACUACAUCACAUAUGGAGUCAAAGUGUUCGCUAGCCUGCUGUCCCCUGUGGCGUUCGGGUUUGGUUGUGAGUAUUUUGCACUGUUUGAGGAGCAGGGAGUUGGGAUCCAGUGGAAGAACCUGGUGUCGAGCCCUCUUCAGGAAGACAAGUUCAGCCUCCGCACCACCAUCAUCAUGAUGUACUUCGACUCCUUCCUGUAUGGAGUCUUCACCUGGUACAUCGAGGCGGUCUUUCCAGGUCAGUAUGGCAUCCCUCGGCCCUGGUACUUCCCCUUUACUAAGUCAUACUGGUUUGGGGCGGAGGGAAAGUCCAACAAAGUUCCCCUGAGUCGGAAAGGAAACGCUACAGCUGUGUGUGUAGAGGAGGAGCCAGCUCACCUGGAGCCAGGAGUCUACAUCGAGAACCUGGUGAAGGUUUACCAUCACGGUAAGAAACUAGCAGUGGAUGGACUGACUCUUGGAUUCUAUGAGGGACAAAUCACUUCAUUCCUGGGACACAAUGGAGCUGGAAAGACCACCACAAUGUCCAUCCUGACCGGCCUGUUCCCGCCCACCUCUGGGACCGCCUACAUCCUGGGUAAAGACAUCCGGACAGAUCUGAGCGCCAUCAGACAAAGCCUUGGCGUCUGUCCUCAGCAUAAUGUCCUCUUCAGCAUGCUGACAGUGGAGGAGCACAUCUGGUUCUACGCCCGGCUCAAAGGCCUGUCAGAGGAGCAGGUGUCGGGUGAGAUCGAGCACAUCCUCCAGGACACAGGGCUGCCUCACAAACGUGGGUCCAGGACCAGCACCCUGUCUGGAGGCAUGCAGAGAAAGCUGUCGGUCGCCUUGGCCUUUGUCGGGGGGGCGAAGGUAGUGAUCCUGGAUGAGCCCACAGCCGGAGUCGACCCGUACGCCCGCAGGGGAAUCUGGGACCUGUUGCUGAAGUACCGACAGGGACGGACCAUCAUCCUAUCCACCCACCACAUGGACGAGGCAGACAUUCUGGGUGACCGAAUUGCCAUCAUUUCCCAUGGAAAGCUGUGCUGCGUGGGCUCAUCUCUGUACCUGAAGAACCAGCUGGGAACAGGGUACUACCUCACACUGGUGAAGAAGGACCCGGAACCCUCUCUGAGGUCCUGCAAGAACUCAUCCAGCACGGUGUCCUUCACCAAGAAGGAUGAGGAGAGCGCCUCAGUGAGCAGCAGCGACGCCGGACUCGGCAGCGAACAUGAAAGUGAGGCAGCCACCAUUGAGAAUGGCCCGGCUGCCUCCAUCGGCUCACCCCCUUUCGUCCCACCGGACUCCUCCUUUGUUUCUAGCCUGAUCCUGCGACAUGUCCCGGCCGCCCGCCUUGUGGAGGACCUGGGACAUGAGAUUACUUACGUGCUGCCGUACAGUGCCGCCAAGAAUGGAGCCUUUGUGAAGCUCUUCAAAGACCUGGACCUGAAGCUCCAUGAGCUUGGCAUCUCCAGCUAUGGAGUGUCCGACACCACACUGGAGGAGAUUUUUCUGAAAGUGGCUGAAGAUAAUGGUGUGGACACUGAAGUACCCUCAGAUGGGACAGUUCCUGUUUGGAGGCGCAGGAGGACUCACGCCUUCGGAGGAGGAGACAAUCAGAGCUGCCUGAGGCCGAACACCGAGGACGACAGUAACUGCAACGACUCUGAUGGAGAUGCUGACUGUAGGGAGACGGACUGGCUGAACGGCACCGAAGGGAAAGGCUCAUUCCAGGUGAAAGGCUGGAGCCUGAAGAGGCAGCAGUUUGUGGCGCUCAUGUGGAAGCGUUUCCUGUACGCGCGGCGCUCCAGGAAGGGCUUCUUCGCUCAGAUUGUUCUUCCAGCUGUGUUCGUCUGCAUCGCUCUGGUCUUCAGCCUCAUUGUGCCUCCCUUUGGGAAGUAUCCCAGUCUGGAGUUGCAACCAUGGAUGUACGAGGAUCAGGUCACCUUUAUCAGUGAAGAUGCUCCAGGAGACGCCAACAUGCAGAAGUUACUGGACUCUUUGUUGGAUCCUCCAGGCUUUGGUACUCGUUGUAUGGACAGAUAUUCAAUCCCGGAGUCACCCUGCACAAUGGGAGACGAUGACUGGAACACCCCAGAGAUUCCUGAGAGUGUCCAGCAGCUGUUAAGCUCCAGAAACUGGACCAUGGAGGAUCCGUCUCCGGCCUGCUCCUGCACAUGUGAUGGCAGGAAGCGCAUGCUGCCGGACUGCCCUGCAGGUGCCGGUGGACUGCCCCCCCUGGAGAUGAAAGUAAGUGCCUCAGACACCCUGCAGAACCUGACAGGAAAGAACAUUUCCGACUACCUGGUGAAGACGUACGCCCAGAUCAUUGGGAAGAGCCUGAAGAACAAAGUCUGGGUGAACGAGUUCAGGUACGGAGGCUUCUCAUUGGGUGCCAGGAGCACACAGGUUCUUCCACCAGCCAAUGAGAUCAAUGAUGCCAUUAAGAGGGUCCGAAAGAUCUUUGAAUUACAGAAGGGAUCUGCUGCUGACCGAUUCCUCGACAAUCUGUCCGGCUUUAUCAAUGGUCUCGACACAAAGAACAAUGUGAAGAUCUGGUUCAACAACAAAGGCUGGCACAGCGCAGCAGCGUUCAUCAACGUGAUGAGCAACGGCAUACUGAGAGCAAACCUGCCGCCAGGUGCAGAGCCUGGCAGCUAUGGCAUCAGUUCCUUUAACCAUCCAUUGAACCUGACUAAGGAGCAGCUGUCCCAGGUGGCCCUGGUAACGACCUCCGUGGACGUCCUGGUGUCCAUCUGCGUGAUCUUCGCCAUGUCCUUCGUCCCAGCCAGCUUCGUGGUCUUCCUCAUCCAGGAGCGCGUCAGUAAAGCCAAACACAUGCAGUUCAUCAGCGGCGUGCACCCGCUGCUCUACUGGGUGGCCAACUUCAUGUGGGAUAUGUGCAACUACUUUGUCCCAGCAACGCUUGUCAUCCUCAUCUUCGUCUGCUUCCAACAAAAAGCCUACGUUUCAUCCAGCAACCUACCAGUUCUUGCCCUGCUGCUGCUGCUUUAUGGCUGGUCCAUCACUCCACUCAUGUACCCGGCCUCCUUCUUCUUCAAGAUCCCCAGCACAGCGUACGUGGUCCUCACCAGCGUCAACAUCCUCAUUGGCAUCAACGGCAGCAUCUCUACCUUCGUCAUGGAACUGUUUGGUGACCACGAGAUUGGAGGCAUCAACGACAUCCUGAAGAACAUCCUCCUCAUCUUCCCUCACUUCUGUCUCGGGCGAGGACUCAUCGAUAUGGUGAAGAACCAGGCGAUGGCCGACGCCCUAGAGAGAUUUGGUGAGAGCAGAUUCCGAUCUCCGCUCGAGUGGGACAUGGUAGGAAAGAACCUGUUCGCCAUGGCUGUGGAGGGCGUGGUCUUCUUCAUCAUCACCAUCCUCAUCCAGUACAGGUUCUGCAUCAAGCCAAGAGCCGUCAGUAAACUCACCAAAGUGGGACCACCGGGAGAAGAAGACGAGGACGUGGCCCGGGAGAGACACCGGGUCGUACAGGGCCUUGGACAGGGAGACAUCCUGGAGCUUCGGCAGCUCACCAAGGUGUUUAAGAGGAAGCAGAAGCCGGCUGUGGAUCGACUGUGUGUCGGGAUUCCUCCUGGAGAGUGUUUCGGUCUGCUUGGUGUAAACGGAGCCGGAAAAACCACCACCUUCAAGAUGCUGACGGGAGACACCAGGGUGACAAGCGGAGAGGCCUUCCUGGCUGGGAAGAGCAUCCUGAGGGAGAUCGACGAGGUCCAUCAGAACAUGGGCUAUUGUCCUCAGUUUGAUGCCAUCAAUGAGCUGCUGACAGGUAGAGAACACCUGGAGCUGUAUGCCAUCCUCAGAGGCGUCCCUGAAAGAGAAGUGUGCGACGUGGCAGAGUGGGGAAUUAGGAAGCUUAGUCUCCUGAAGUACGCAGAUAAAAGAGCUGGAAGUUACAGUGGAGGGAACCUGAGGAAGCUAUCCACCGCCAUCUCUCUGAUUGGAGCGCCCCCUGUUGUCUUCCUGGACGAGCCCACCACUGGCAUGGACCCCAAGGCCCGCAGGGCCCUUUGGAACUGCAUCCACAGCGUCAUCAAGGAGGGACGCUCCGUCGUCCUCACCUCGCACAGUAUGGAGGAGUGUGAGGCCUUGUGCACCAGGAUGGCCAUUAUGGUAAACGGCAGGUUCAGAUGUCUUGGCAGUGUCCAACACCUGAAGAACAGGUUUGGUGACGGGUACACCAUCAUCCUGCGGGUGGCAGGGCCCAACCCAGACCUGGUGCCUGUCAUGAAGUUCAUUGAGAGCGAGCUGAGUGGCAGCACACUGAAGGAGAAACACCGCAACAUGCUGCAGUACCAGCUGCCAUCAUCACUUUCAUCGCUCGCUCACAUCUUCUCCAUCUUCGCCAAGAACAAGGAUACGCUAAAGAUCGAGGACUAUUCGGUCACGCAGACCACUUUAGAUCAGGUGUUCGUGAACUUUGCGAAGGAUCAGAGUGAUGACUACCUGUCCAAAGACGCGUCAGUGAGGCGGAAAGACGUCAUCAUUGAUGUUCCAGCGCUGAGCUCCACCUGCAGUGCCGCUGAGGAAGAGAGCGUCAUUUGAUCAUAUGUGACGUUAGGAGCCUGGGCUUCAGCCUAGACUUGUCCUGCAGCAGAGGGGACACGCGCUCUCCUCACCUGCUGUGAUUUUGCACUGAUUUAAUAUGGUGGUAGGUGGAGCUUCCUGCUGCCAGUUAAUGCAAAUGAUUUCCUGUGGAAGCGGCGAGCAGCUUGGACUGAAACACUUGAACAAACUUUAGCGUCUACGAUGAAGAAUCCCAAUCAUUUCAAACGGCCAAGGGCUCGACCGCGAAAAAUCCUGUUUUUAUCCGACUUUCCUUCCAUUCUUAGUGUCCGACUUUAUUUAUAUUUUUAGCUGGAUCAUUUAAUCUGUUAUUUUAUUCUGGCGGGGUCAGUGUUGUUUCCUGUAUUAGAAGCCAAUCAGAAGUUUGAAUUUAUAGUGUUUUUAUAAAACGACGAUAGAGGAGCAGAUCAGACCCUUUGGGUGUGAAGCAGCUAAAUACCUCAUCAGUUCUGGAAGCACGCUAUAUUGAUCUGAUUGGUCGUCUGACUGCAGCACUUUGUGUUCAGGACUUCAGUUUGUGUUUGUGCUGGUUCUGAUCUGUUCAUGUUCUGAUCAUCAUGUUGUUGUGCUGCUGAUGGAAACAGUUGUUACAGCCCAACAAGCAGAAUAAACCAUCCUAAACCUCC